AUCCUUACUCAACACUGCGCAUGUGCUCCUUGUGUAUACUGUGGACAACUGACUUCAGCUACAAGAGGUGGUCUCCUGCCACAUCCUCCGAUGCUUUCCUCUGUCCUCCGCUGUGCUCGACCCACCUCUACCCUUCCUGCCUUAAGCCGACCUUUGGCCCACUUCAGACCAAACAUGGAUCCAGAUCCGAGCCGGCCUGUUGAAAGAGCCAUUAGAACCAAACUGACCAACAUGCUCCAGCCGGACCACUUAGAGGUACACAAUGAAAGCCACAUGCACGCCGUGCCACCUGGUUCAGAAUCCCAUUUCCGUGUCUUGGUUGUCAGCUCCCAGUUCGAUGGUCUGCCGUUAAUAAAGCGCCACCGUUUGGUAAAUGAAGCUCUGAAGGAGGAGUUGAGUACCUGUGUUCAUGCACUUGCCAUCCAGGCAAAGACUCCUGAGCAGUGGGGGAGUAACCCCACACUGGCCAAGAGUCCGCCCUGCAUGGGAGGCUCGAGGGGAGAUCACACAGUGGAAGAAAAGCUGAAGGGCGGACGGGAGUAGAAGCAGUAUUUUGACUGAACUUUAAAGACUGCAGGUGAUGCUGUUGGGGAGAAAUGAACAAUACAACUUUAUUGAUCUUUUUCAAAUUACAAAGGAGACAAUGACUUUGCUUCAGAGCUAUUUUUAAUCUCAUUAAUUUAUGCUUGCCUUGCUCAGUUGAAGUGACAACUGUUACAGAUUUCAGUACAAAAAGGGUGUUAUGUAGUGAUUCAAUGACAAUAAAAUAUGGAUACAAACAUUGA